AUGACGACCUACACCAACACGUGGAGGAACAAGGUGUGGAUGGGAUGGUUCUUCCUGCAGGUUCCCAUCAUCCUCUUCAUGGACCUACUCGACUACAUGUGGCCUGCCUGGCUCUACGAGCCCGUCGGCGCGCCCCUGCACGCGGCGCUUGAGAUGAAGGAGUGGUACAUCGCCAAGUACAACGACCCGAUUGUGCAGUGGACGGCGGAGACGGCGUCGGGCCACGACAGCUGGAUGGGGCUGUUCAUGCACCUCGAGUUCUUCUUCCUACUGCCGACGGUGCUAUACGGUCUCUACCGCCUGGUGGUGCAGCGACGGGGCACCUCGGGCUGUGACGAGCUGCUCUUCCUCGUGUACGCGCUCGAGGUCGCCUUCACCACGCUCAUCUGCAUCUUCGACACUUCCUUCCUCGACGAGGCCGUGUACCCGGCCGCAGUGAAGCACGAGUUGCAGUUCCAGCUUUAUUUGCCGUGGUUUAUUAUGCCAACCCUCGGGGCGAUUGACAUGGCGGUUCGGAUCAUCGGCCGCAUCAAGGCGGCCGACGCCGCCCAAGGAGCUAAGAAGUCCCAGUAA